AUGGACAAUAUUAUCGCCAUCGGUGUUGGGCUCGCCCUACGCGCCGUCAUCGACAUCCUGACUGACAGUGAUUAUAGGCUUACUGGUACACUCGUUGGGCUCUGGGAAGGUUUUGUGCUCUCACAUUUCCUCCAUAAAAAUCCGCGAAAUCCCAAUGAUGCUUAUCUUGCCCUUGCGACUCGGUUCGUUAUCGACUUUUUGCUCACGAACUCGCUAGUUCGUUUUGCCCUCACUGGCGCAUGGACACUCGUUGGG